AUGGGAGGGAAAUUGUCCACAGAUGAGAAUGUCCACGUUGUCAUAGUUGGUGGUGGCUUUGGAGGGACCACAGCGGCAAAGCAAUUAAAAGCUUACCACAUUCCUUACACAUUGAUCGACAUAAAGUUGGCCUUCCAUCACAACAUGGGAGCCCUCAGAGCAUCGGUGAAGAGUGGAUUUGCAAAGAAAACUUUUAUAUCAUAUGAUUUGACGUUUAAAGAGAAGUUCAAACAAGGCAAAGUAACUGACAUUGAUGUAGAAGGAAAAUAUGUCAUUUUAGAGAGUGGAGAGGAAAUAGCCUUCAGUCAUCUUAUUUUGUCAACUGGCAGCUCAGGACCAUUCCCUGGAAAAUUCAUUGAACCAGCUUCGAGGGAAACAGCCAUUCAGAAGUAUGAAGAUCUGGUAGCAGAGAUUCAGAAAGCAGAUAGAAUUGUCGUGGUUGGCGGUGGGCUUGCGGGUGUGGAAUUGGCAGCAGAAAUCAAAACUGAAUACCAUGAAAAAGAGGUAACCUUGAUCCAUUCUACCUAUAUUCUUGGUGAUACAGACCUUUUACCAAGUGUGAGACGUGGAGUGAAGGAUAUUCUUGUUCAUAAAGGAAUUCAACUUGUAUUAGGACAGAAAGUCACUAACUUGGCAGAACUAACUGAGAAUACGAUGCAGCCUGACAUAACGGUGAUGACAAACAAGGGGAAAGAGAUCGUAACUGACAUGGUCAUCCGCUGUACUGGAAUAAAGAUUAAUUCAACAGCAUACCGCAAUGCCUUCAAAGAUAAAGUUAGUGAUAAUGGUGCUUUACAAGUCAAUGAAUACCUCCAGGUGAAAGGAUUGGGUAAUAUUUAUGCGAUUGGAGAUUGUGCAGAUGUGUUGGAAAAUAAAUCAGCCUACACUGCUGAAUUCCAAGCAAUUGCAUGUGUGAAAAAUAUCAUCCAUAACCUCAAAGAUCAGCCUAUGGAUGUGUACAAACCAGGUUCUCCACUAAUGCUGGUGACAAUGGGCCGGAAUGACGGUGUGGGCCAACUGUGUGGCUGCCAAGUCGGGAAGGUAUUUGUGACUCUGGUCAAAAGCCGGGAUCUACUGGUUAAGGACAGCUGGAAAAAAAUGGGCCAACGAAUGCCAAACUGAUGAAGUCUGAUGAUGCUUGUG